AAGUAAAAAGAGUUAACUAUUCCCUCAAAAUAUAGUCGUUGGUUGGUUUAAGUGUUCAACACAUUAAUGAUAUAUAUAUUUCCACUUUAUUAAACCACCAUUGUCUGUCUCAUCUCAUCUUCUCAUACACACAACCCACCCAUUUCCAGGAUCCAUCCAUCUCCUUGUCACCUUCCUCUUUUCCCUUAUCUAUCACCAACAUUCAAAAUAGUACUAACUUACUAACUACAAACAUAGUAGCAAACAAACCAAACUAAAAAAAUAUCCCACAUUUCAUGGAUCCAACUUCAUAAUCACAUCUUCUAAAAAACUGAAAACAAAAAUCACUUCAGCUUUUUCAUUCUACUCAACAAGUAAAAAUGUCUUUGUUUUCUCUCUUCCUUCUAUUCUCCAUUUUACUCAACACCAUUUCAAAUGCUUCAGCUUUUUCAUCUCAACCAGGAAUCUGCUACGGACAACUAGGAAACAAUCUACCAAAACCCUCAAAGUCAAUUUCUCUAAUCAAAUCCCUAAACGCAAAACGCAUCAAAAUCUACGACACAAAUCCACAAAUCCUAACAGCCUUAAAAAACACAAACCUUCAAGUCUCAAUCAUGUUACCAAACGAACUUAUCACAAACAUCUCAACAAACCAAACACUCUCAGACCAAUGGAUCAAAUCCAACGUUUUACCUUAUUACCCUCAAACGUUAAUUCGUUAUCUUCUCAUAGGUAACGAAAUCAUUUCAUCAACACCAAAUUCCACGUGGCUUCAUCUUGUACCUGCGAUGAGAAGAAUCAAACAUUCUUUGAAAAAAUUCAGAAUCAAGAAAAUUAAAGUUGGUACUUCUUCUGCUAUGGAUGUUCUAGAAACUUCUUUUCCACCUUCAAACGCUGCGUUUCGUAAAGAUAUAGCUGUUCAAGUUAUUAAACCCAUGCUUCGGUUUUUGAACAGAACCGGUUCAUUUUUCUUUUUAGAUGUUUACCCGUUUUUCCCUUGGAGCUCUGACCCAGUUAAUAUUAACUUAGAUUAUGCUUUGUUUCGAGCUAGUAAUGUUACUGUUAAGGAUCCGGGUUCGGGUUUGGUUUAUACUAAUUUGUUUGAUCAGAUGGUGGAUGCGGUUUAUUUUGCGAUGGAGAAACUCGGGUUUCCGGAUAUUCGGAUUUUUAUUGCAGAAACGGGUUGGCCUAAUGGUGGUGAUGUUGAUCAAAUUGGUGCUAAUGUUUUUAAUGCUGCUACUUAUAAUAGAAAUUUUAUUAAAAAAGUUAUUGAAAAACCAGGGACUCCGGCUCGACCCGGUUUGAUUCUCCCGAGUUUUUUAUUUGCUUUGUUUAAUGAGAAUAUAAAACCGGGUCCGGGCACAGAGCGGCAUUUUGGGUUGUUGUAUCCAAACGGGUCGUGGGUUUAUGAGAUUGAUCUUUCGGGGAAGACACCGGAGUCCGAGUUUAAGGCUCUUCCACCGCCGGAGAAUAAUGAACCGUAUAAGGGGAAAAUUUGGUGUGUGGCAGCGCGCGGAAGUAAUGUGACGGCGUUGGGGGAGGCAUUGUCGUAUGCGUGUUCACAGGGGAACCGGACUUGUGAUCCGAUCCAAACCGGGAAAAAAUGCUUUAAACCCGAUUCGGUUUUUUGGCAUGCUAGCUAUGCGUUUAGUUCUUAUUGGGCACAGUUUAAGAAGAUUGGGGGAACUUGUUACUUUAAUGGGCUUGCUACUCAAACUGCAAAGGAUCCAAGUUAUGGAUCUUGCAAAUUUCCAAGUGUGACACUUUGAAGAAGGAAUCAAAUCAUGAAAAUGGAGCUCCAAUCUUAAUCAUUCAUUAAUUGACAUUUCUAUGACAGGAAAUUUGUAUUUGAGAUACUUAUUUAUAUUGUAGUUUGAUGUUGCUUUCAUUUCCUCAAUAUGGGUUCCCUCUGGUAAGUGUGGUCAUAUUGAACCCACAAAGGAGAAACUUAAAUUGAUGAAUGAUUUUAAAUACUCGCAUAGCAAAUGUAGCCAUUGUUUGACAUCGUGAUGCUAGAAUAGAGUCAUGAAGUACAAUAUUUUUCUUACA